AUGGACAUUAAAAUUUUGUUUUGUUUGUUAUUACAUGUCAUGAACAUCUUAUGUGGCCAGAAUUUAAUGGCUCAAAUUUCGACUUCGAAUAAAUUAUGGGAUAUAAAUUCCGACUAUUUAAAACCAUUUAAUAUAUUACACCCAAGUACCGAAUACUAUGCGUUGAGUCAUCGAUUGAAAAGAGAUAAUGACAUAAAUAUAAUACUGGAACAUCGAAUAGCAAUGGUGGAUAAAAUUAAAAACAUUCCUGACGCUGGUAAUAUGAAUGUAACGAAUAUGGACAAGCAUGGAUUAGUGAUUGCUAAUUUUAAACGAACUUGGCCGGUAGAGAAAUGGGGAAAGUAUGGAUUUUUUUCAGACGAUUUCCUAGAUAUGAUUAAUGAACAUUGGUUACACUUUCCGCCACCUUCACAAUCCUUACAGAUGACAUUGGGAAGUUUUUAUCUGAUAUUCUCCACUUUUGGCUGUUGGGGAAAUGUUAUUGUUUUAUUUAUGUAUUUCAAAUGCCGAUCACUACGCACACCCGGAAACAUACUAGUAGCUAACCUCGCUCUCAGUGACUUUUUGAUGCUUGCCAAAACUCCUAUCUUCAUAUUCAAUUCAUUUAAUCUUGGUCCAGCCUUGGGUAAAUCGGGUUGUAUAAUUUAUGGAUUUGUCGGCGGCUUGACUGGAACCACCUCCAUAGCAACAUUGUCAGCCAUCGCACUGGAUCGCUACUGGGCCGUCGUCCGACCGCUAGAACCCCUCCGGGCCUUGACCGUGUUAAGAGCGCGGUUGAUGGCUGUCAGCUCUUGGAUCUAUUCCGCAAUAUUUGCUUCGAUACCUGUUUUCGACUUCGGAUACGGACACUAUGUUCCCGAAGGUUAUCUAACAAGUUGCAGUUUCGACUACCUUACAGAGGAGCACUUACCACGUGUCUUUAUAUUUAUAUUCUUUUGUGCCGCCUGGGUUGCACCUCUCAGCCUGAUAUCAUAUUGUUACAUUAGCAUUUUUCAUGUAGUUGCUAGUAACAGAAAUAUUGUUAUGAAAAAUCAAGAACAAAGGCUCUCUACAAGACACGUCAAAGAGCGAAUUAAACGUAAAGUAGAAAUUAAACUAGCUCUUUUAGUUAUGGCUGUCAUACUCUUAUUUUUCAUAUCAUGGACUCCAUAUGCCAUAAUAGCGCUUAUAGGCAUAUUUGGAAGAAAAGAUCUUAUAACUCCAUUAACUUCAAUGAUUCCCGCAUUGUUCUGUAAAUCUGCCGCUUGUAUAAAUCCAUUCAUUUAUAUAAUAACACACCCGAAUUUCCGUAAGGAAUUUAAAAAACUAAUUUACCGUAAUAAAUCGGGAGGUGGAGGGACGAUAAAAACUAGAGACUACUCUACGGACACUACCAAAAUUCAUAGAAUCAGCAAAGAGUCAAUUGAUGCCGACAUUGAAAUUAUAGAGAUGAAAGACAUACCACUUAGAGGUCAAGAAAUAACACAAAUUAAUAAAGAUAGAGUGAAGACAAUAUCAUCAAAAAUAUCAAAAAAUGAACGAACACAAUCAAAUGUAAGUAUGAAAAGCUUUGAACAAGACGUAGUCAGUCCACCGUCAUGGUAUCGUGAGCCACAAUUUGUUAAGAGAAUGAGUUUCCUAGGUCGAUCAACUAAGAGUGUAGUAGUUUCUUUAAAUACAGAUCUUGAUAUUUAA